CUCACCACAGUGUUAACACCCAACAAACAGAAACCUUGUGCUAUGUUCUAACCAUUUUUUGAAGCACACUUAUUUGCUAGACAGAGAGCAUGUGUUCUUUGUCUUUGCCAAAAUUAACCUCGACUUAAACAAACUUUAAAGAAACCCUGAAAUAUCUGAUCUUAAAAGCAACAAAUAUUUUGUUGUUGUGUGAGAUUUGAUUUGAUGGGAAAAUAUCUUGAAUCUGCGGCGAGGCUGGAGGAGCUAUCGCGGAUUGUGUCAUCUGCGAAGCCCAAUAUCAGGCCGAAGGGGACGCUACCCAGAUCGCCCAGCCGUGUGGUCACGCCUCGAAGUGCGACCCCAAUUGGUGUUAAGUUCGAGCUUGCCAAAAAGAUGGAACCUUUGGAAGAAUGUCGGACACCCCUCGCCAAGGUUGUUGCCGAUUGCGCCAAGCGGUGGUUCCAGGACACGCUCAAGGAGGCCAAGGCUGGGGACACUGGCAUGCAGGUUUUGGUGGGUCAAAUGUAUAACUCUGGCUACGGUGUUCCAAGGGAUCCCCAAAAGGGACAAGUUUGGAUUAGUAAAGCAUCAAGAAAUCGAAAUUCAGUAUGGAAAGUGUGUGGUAAACGGCCAGGUUACAGAGCAAGUGAUUCAGAUUCAUGUGAUCAGGAGAACAAGGAUAAAUCCUGUCCUUAAUUUGCGAGUGCAACUUUUUUCUUAUAAAGGGAUUUAAUUUAUUGAAAUUCUGUGGUAUAGUAUAUGUUAACUUAAUAUCACCGAUGCUACUGGUUAUUUGUUGUAACAUCCGAAACAUAAGUCAAAUUUGUUAACUGACAUUUGUUCUA